GCGAGCGGGAAUAGGUCCUGGUUGGCUGUCAUGGCCUCCGUCGCCGGCGCGGGAGAGCUUGGCUCGGCUGCGCCGAUCGUGUCGGGGGACCCUACGGAAAAAGCGACCCUCGAUAUCUUGGAAGGCUCCCUUCGAUCGCUGCCCAGAUUGGUGGGGCAGCUUAAUCUUGGAGAAGAUGUGAAAAUUAACAUCGACUGGAACAAGUUUCAACAUACAGCACCACUCCAGCCCAUGUUGCUCUUUAAUGCUCUGCAGCAGCAUAUUUUAGAUUUACAGCCAUUUAUAGAAAAACUCCAGUCUUUGAUUAAAGAAAGAACCACUAUACCCACUGAUGAUUCUAGUAAGACAGAAGGCAGAAAGUGUGAGACUAAUUCAAAUGUAACAGAGGGAGACGUGCAGAUGGAAGUGAAAGAUACAGCCUGUGGUUCUGUAAGCCCGAAAGAGACUUAUGUUGAUUUAGACCCAGAAGUAGUACAGAUAAAAGCUAGAAAAGCUGAAAUUGACAGACGAAUAUCAGCCUUCAUGGAAAGGAAACAAGCUGAGAUCAAUGAAAAUAACGUCAGAGAAUUUUGCAAUGUUAUUGAUUGUAAUCAAGAAAACAGCUGUGCUAGAACUGAUGCAGUGUUCACACCUUAUCCAGGAUUCAAAAGUCACAUAAAGGUUUCUCGAGUUGUAAAUACCUACGGCCCUCAAACUAGAAAUGAAGUUGCUCAUGGGUCCAGUCAUAAAGCUAACACCCUCCUUCGUGACUGUGGGAAUCAAGCCAUAGAAGAGCGACUGCAAAAUAUUGAAGCUCAUUUAAGGUUACAUAUGGGUGGACCAGUGCCAAAAGACAUUUAUCAGAGAAUUAAAAAACUUGAAGAUAAAAUUCUUGAAUUGGAAGGGAUGUCGCCUGAAUAUUUUCAGUCUGUUAAUUUAUCUGGCAAAAGAAGGAAAAGCCAACCGAAUCAAAACUAUUCUUUGGUUGAACUUGAUGAGAAGAUCAAUGCACUUAAACAAACAUUACUAAGAAAAACAAAUGAAGACAGGCCCAAAGUGGUUGAUCAGCUUCUCUGAGACUGAUGUGAUUUCAUUGUACUUUCAUGUGUGCUUAAUUCUUUUAAGAUUGUCUGAGUACUGUUUAUGUAGGCAUUGUAGAAAGGAAACUAAACAAGUACUACAAACUUGUUUAAUUGAUACUGGCAACCGAGAUCAAGUAAACUUCUUCAGAAUGAUGAAUGCUUUGGGAGUAGCCUUAUGACUAUCUUGUCCCUUCUGUUUAUAAAUGGAAGGAAUACUUCAGUUUCACUGUGUAAAAGUAACAAUAUAUUUUAUAUGUGAUGUCUGUGAAUCAGACAGUGUCUUUGUGACUAUUGUUCUAUCCAGAGACUAUAUAAUAUGAAAUGUGGUUUCUUAAUUUAACUUAUAUAGCUUUUUGAAAUAAAUGAAAGAGAAUGAUAAAACUUGUGAUAACUAGGAAAUCAACUGCAGUUUUCAUGAUGGAUUUAAUGGGAUUAGGAUUAAUUUAGUGGGUCUUCUGAUGGAGGAGGAGAACAGAGGAUUCUAACUUCGGUUUGUAAAUUGAAGGAAGAGUUACCCACAUAGUUUGUACUAUUCAGCAAUGUUCACUGCUCUGAGUGGGCACUAAUCUGGCCAGAAAGGUGGUAUAUAAGCACACUGUUGUUGUUAAUUUUGUUUACUUUGUCUGACAGUGGACCAAUGGUCCUUCCCAAUCUUUGUUAUCUUAAGGACCUUCAGCUACAGAUGCCAGAAUUGAAGGUGUAAAGUAUGCAUCUCCAGUAAGCUAUAGGAGAUACAAAAGGAAGAAAAUAAUCUAAACACUCUAUACACCCAGCUUUUCAGCAGCACAAUACCAGUACUAGACCCACUGCUGUCACACCAAGUUCAUUAAUAGAUAAAAAAAUGUAGUUAUGGAUAUUUUCAAGAAUAUUGCGGACAGUAUUAUUGGGCAGUAGCAAUCAUCUACUUGAAGGCUGCUGUGUGGCAUUUUGCUCAAUGACAUGUCCUAGAACCCAUCUAAAGGAACCUUAUACUGCUUUGCAAUUUCUUCCGUAUGCAUCCUGCCUCCUUUUACAGGGGAAUAGGCAGAUCAGCAGUUUAUAUGUCAUUGUUGAUGUCUGCCACGGGUGUUGAGGCAAUCAUGCUUAUUACCUGUGGGAUUUUUAGUUUCAGUGCUAGGGGAAAUGAAACAGUGAGCAUACAAGCUCCCUGUGAGGUUGUCUGAGCAUUUCAAAUUCCAGUUAAAUGGAUAGAUCAGAAUAAGUGGGGCAAUAGGUGCUGCUAUAGGUUUGUUAAGAGUACAGACCAAUAGGUGUUCCACUUUCCCACAUUGAGUGUCACAUUGUUUGUAUGUCUUUAUAUGCUUUUAUUUCUGGUUUAACUGUUUUAAUGAUGGGUAGUUGUUGUUUUGGUUAGUUUUAAUUAUUUUAAAAUGUGGUUUUAUUAUGUAUGUUUUAAUUUGUUAGCUGCCUUGGUAACCUUUAUAAAGGCAGAAAAGUGGGAUGUACAUUUUGUUAAAUAAAUAAAUAAAAUGA